AUGGCUCCUCUGUGGCCCUUCGUCCUGGCAGCCGCCUCCGGAAUCCUGGCCAUGGAUACAUCUUAUUCCAGGAGUCCAGCUCUGCAUCAUCUCACCAAGCAGCUAUUACAGACGUAUCGGAAGGAAGUAAGGCCAGUUCACAACUGGACCCAGGCCACCACUGUAUACUUGGACAUGUUUGUUUACGCCGUGCUGGAUGUGGAUACACAGAAUCAAAAAUUAAAGACAAGCGUAUGGUAUCGUGAGGUUUGGGAUGAUGAGUUUUUAUCCUGGAACUCCAGCAUGUUUGAUGAGAUUAGGGAGAUCUCUCUACCUCUGAGUGCCAUCUGGGCCCCUGAUAUCAUCAUAAAUGAGUAUGUGGACACUGAAAGAUCACCUGACCUUCCCUAUGUCUAUGUGAACUCAUCUGGGACCAUUAAACACUCCAAGCCCAUCCAAGUGGUCUCUGCAUGCAAUUUGGAGACAUAUGCUUUUCCAUUUGAUGUCCAGAAUUGCAGCCUAACCUUCAGUAGCAUUCUGCACACAGUGGAAGAUGUAGACCUGGCCUUCCUGAGGAGCACAGAAGACAUUACACAUGACCAAAAGGCAUUUUUGAAUGACAGUGAGUGGGAACUUCUUUCUGUGUCCUCAACCUACCGCAUCCUGCAGAACAGCGCUGGAGAUUUUGCACAGAUUCAGUUCAAUGUGGUGAUUCGCAGGCAUCCUCUGGUCUAUGUGGUGAGCCUGCUGAUCCCCAGCAUCUUCCUGAUGCUCGUGGACCUGGGCAGCUUCUACCUCCCGCCCACCUGCCAAGCCAGGAUUCUGUUCAAGACCAGCGUGCUGGUGGGCUACACCGUCUUCAGGGUCAACAUGUCUGAUGAGGUGCCAAGGAGCGCAGGGAGCACCCCUCUGAUUGGGGUCUUCUUCACGGUCUGCAUGGCCUUCUUGGUUCUCAGCUUAUCUAAGUCCAUCCUGCUGGUCAAAUUCCUCUAUGAUGAGCGGUGCAGCCAGCAAGAGCAGACCCUCCUGUGUCUUCGAGGGGACACAGAUACUGACCAGCCUCGAAUGGAUCCUGGGGCCCAGCUUGCUGGGGUAACAGAGUCCCCUGUCUGUCAAGAGUGCCAGGCCCCGUCCGGGUCCCUGAAGGAAGUCUGGUCCCAGCUUCGAUCCAUCAGCAGCUACUUCCAAACCCAGGACCAGGUGGACCAACAGGAGCUUGGGUGGCUGGCCCUCCUGGAGCGCUUUGACCGCCUGCUCUUCCAGAGCUACCUUGUGGUGCUGGGGCUCUAUGCCGUCACCCUAUGCUCCCUUUGGGUGUCCUGGAGUGGGUCCAUCCCAGGCUUCUCCCUGUCCCGUUCCCCGGCUCACACGCCAUCUCAGCAGCCAGAAGCUCUCAGUCCUGAGUUAUUCACCUGCAAGACAAGCACACUUGCCCUGGAGCAGACUCAGUGCAGCGAACUCCUGAGCCCUCCCGCCAGCCAGGUCGUGGUCACCGCGUCUCCAUGCACCUCCAUCGAGUGA